CUCGAUCUUCUCGUCGGCCUUAACCCACCUAAUCUUUUAAAACUCCAUGUGAGAUUAUAGCCUCACAACUCAUCUUCUUCAUAGAGCUUACUACACCAUUGCAAGGAUGGGAUCGAUUCUUCACACUAUUCUGAUCAUAUUCUGCUCCUUCUUUGUUCCUCUUGCCUUCUGCUUGGUUUCUCUUCUCUUGAUCAAGAUGAUAGAGAGCUGCAAAAGGAAAGAACCACUGCCGGAAAAGCUGCCGCUGCCGCCGGGAUCCAUGGGAUGGCCCCUCAUAGGCGAGACCUUCCAGCUUUAUUCCCAGCAUCCCAACAACUUCUUCGCCACCAGGCAACAAAGGCACGGUGAGAUAUGCAAAACGCACCUUCUUGGCUACCCCUGCGCUAUGCUGGCAAGCCCCGAAGCCGCCCGCUUCGUCCUCGUCACCCAUUCCCACCUCUUCAAGCCAACCUACCCGCGCAGCAAGGAACGCUUAAUCGGUCCCUCAGCUCUCUUCUUCCACCACGGCUCCUACCACACCAACCUCCGCAAGCUCGUCCGCGCCUCCCUUUCACCUUUCUCCGUUCGCCGUCUAAUCCCCGCCAUCGACGCCGCCUCCUCCUCCACCCUCCAUUCCUGGAACGGCCACAUCCUCCCUUCCUUCCGCGCAUUCAAAAACCUCUCCUUCGAUAUCGGCAUCCUCACCAUCUUCGGCGAGCAUUUCGUCGAACACCUUGGAAAAACCGAAUUGCGACAAAACUACUUCAUCCUCGACAAGGGUUACAACUCGUUUCCAAACUGCAUUCCGGGAACGCUGUACAGCAAAGCGAUGAAUGCGAGGAAGAGAAUUGGGGGGAUACUGAGAGAGGUCGUGAAGGAAAGGAGGGUGGUUCAUGGAGGGAUGAAGAACUUUCAAAAGGAUCUAUUGAGUUGUCUCAUGGAGUGGAGAGAUGAUAAGGGCGAGAAGUUGAGUGACGAGCAGAUCUCUGAUAAUAUUAUUGGCGUGUUAUUUGCUGCUCAGGAUACUACUGCGAGUGCACUUACGUGGGUCGUUAAGUACCUCCAUGAUCAUCCGAAGAUACUGGAGGCCGUGAAGGCUGAACAGAUGGCGGUGUAUGAGUUGAAUGGAGGCGGAAGUCGGCCAUUGGAGUGGGCGCAAAGUAGGAGCAUGAGCCUUACGCACAGGGUUAUAUUAGAAAGCCUGAGGAUGGCAAGCAUCAUUUCCUUCACAUUUAGAGAGGCAGUUGCUGAUGUCGAGUACAAAGGGUACCGGAUCCCUAAGGGAUGGAAAGUGAUGCCUCUGUUCAGAAAUAUUCAUCACAAUCCUGAAUUUUUUCCAGAUCCUCACAAGUUUGACAUUUCAAGAUUCGACGCCUCUCCAAAGUCCAACACCUUCUUGCCCUUCGGAAAUGGAGUUCAUUCUUGCCCUGGGAACGAGCUUGCCAAGCUUCAGAUGCUGAUCUUCAUCCAUCACUUGGUGACCAAAUAUAGGUUCGAAGUGGUGGGAUCAAAUAGCGAGGUGGAGUAUUGCCCAUUUCCGGUCCCAAAGCACGGCCUUCCGGUGCGGCUAUGGAGCGUUGCCGACGAGGACGGUGGCAGGGCGUGAGAUGCCACAAAGGUGUUUGACGAAAUGCCUCCAACGGCUAGUUGUAAAGCAUGGCUACUUAUUCGAAUGCAAGGGAGGAAGGAUACAUCGCCUACUAAUUAUUUUUCCUUUUAUUGCCCUUUUUUGGACUCACAAUACAAUCAUUGUGAGAUCCGCCAAAUUAUGUAAAUUAGUUAUGUUGAUUGUUUUGCAACAUGUAAUACAAUCAUUGUGAGGUCCCCCACAAUAAAUGCAAAUGGUAACACCGCAAUGUUUACUAUGAAUCCUCUGUCCCUCGGCUCACAAUACAAUUACAAUCAUUGUGAAGUUCACUGUAA